UAAGGAAUUUAGCUUCUGUUUCUUUAAAGCCAGUCUAGUUUAUAUUCACCUACCAGAAGAGAAAGAGAGCCAUCAUUCUAAAGAAAAAAGAGCUACCAAAAACAAAAGAAGAGAGAUUGCACAAAAGGGCUCUGUCCAUACAGCAAUGGCUACACAGAAACAGAGUUUGGAUCAGCAACAGUCUCAGAUUCAACGGGUUAAGAACUCUGGACUUAUCAGUCCUGGAAAGGAUGACAAAGAGGAGGAGAUGUCAAGAUCCGCAUUGGCUUUGUUUCGAGCUAAAGAAGAAGAGAUUGAGAAGAAGAAGCUUGAAGUGAGAGACAAAGUUUGUGCUCAGCUAGGAAAAGCUGAAGAAGCAACUAGACGCUUAGCUGAGAUUCGAGAAGAGCUGGAAGCUUUGACUGAUCCGAUGAGGAAGGACGUGUCAGUUGUACGUAAGAGGAUUGAUACAGUAAACAAGGAGUUAAAGCCUCUGGGGCAAAGCUGCCAAAAGAAGGAAAGGGAAUACAGAGAAGCCCUUGAAGCUUUCAACGAGAAGAACAAGGAAAAGGCUCAACUUGUCAGCAAGCUGAUGGAAGUAAGUAAAUUGGUGAGUGAAAGUGAGAAACUAAGAAUGAAGAAGCUUGAAGAGCUGAGCAGAAACGUUGAACUCCUGAAAUAAACAGUGAUAAAUGCCAACUGGGUUGUGUGUUAUGUAAUUAGAAUCAUAAUGAUUUUCCAUUAGUUUGUGAUGAUUUCUGUUUUGUGUAUUAAUUUUGUUUUUUGAUUGCGGUUCCAUGGUGGAGUCUCGCUGAUUUAGGGAAAGAAACAUCCAGCAGGUUUGACAGUACCAGAGACACAUGUCGUUGUAUUCAUUAAUGUGAGACAUAUCUUUUUUAGUCUUGAAAGUAAAGUUGCAUUGCAAACCAUUAAUAUUUUCUAUUA